AUGGAGUGGGAAGUUCUGUACAUCCAUUUGGAGAGAGAGAAAUGGAAAUUAGAGACAUUCAACUCAGGAGUUCCAGCCCAUGAAGUGGUGAGGUACAAAAUCGAUGACGACCUCAACGCGAACUCAAAUAACCAGAAGGACCAGCGAAUUAUUUCCGGCCGCACUCCUGUUUUUCCGCAACAAAUCUUCUCCCUCGAGAGCAUGAUUGCGGCACUCCCAAUUACUAAGGAGCUCCUCUUCUCUAUUUCAAGCCUGAAAAGGACCACCCUUUUGCUAACAAUUGUGUGGGAACAACCGAUCUGGGGUUGGGUUAUCAUCAAUUACGCGAAUUAUGGCCUGCAAUUCUUCCUCCCCGAUGGUACUGUCUACACUGAGAUCCGCACCUAUUUCACUGACCAGCUCUUCCCGAAUAACACAGACCUACGCCAACUCGUCUCCGAAACCUCUCCGGUCGGUUUCGGACAGCCGCUGGUUCCGAUGUGGAUGGAUUCCUCUGCUCCCUUCGACGAAGCAAAUAAGAACUUCCGACUAGCAGCUACGCUCGUUGACCCCUUCACUCCAAUCCAUGCAUACACGCCUAUUCUCCCCAUCGCGUCACUUAAAUUACCUUCAUGGACUAUCCAGAAUGCAUGUCAGAAAGUGACUGCGUUCUUCCACCUCGGCCCGAUAUUGAUGACGAGCGAUGUGCCAACGAAGUAUCGGGGGAAUUUCCAGGCGAAACAGGUCAUUGACCCGAGCGAAUUGGCAAAGCCCGUUUCGGAUGGGCGGACGGCGAAGUUGCCAAUUAGUUACAAGGCGCUCUGGAGAUGGUUGCAGCCUUAUGAUAAGGUGUCCCAAGGCACCAUCUUCGAUGGCUAUGCUUUAGGAGAAGACGACGGGAAGCGCUGA